GCGUCCGGGUGGCCCCGGGUCAGCGGCAGCUCCCUCGCGAGCUCGCCUCCCCUCUCCUCUCCGCAGACCGCCCCUGGGGCCCUGGGUAUUUUUAGCGUUGUGACCUGGGCGGCAGCUCUAAGAGCCUUUCUGGAGUCCUCGUCUGCUGCUCCCUUCUCCCUUCUCUGGCAGCCACAUCAGCUCCAGGCACUGACUUGGCCUUGCCUCUAUCAUUAGUUUCGGGUCCCUCCUGAGCUACCCCAGUACUCGAGGACCUGGCCACGCGCUGUGAUUACACUGUGGCCAGCUGAGGUUUAUUGGAGGAUGACAGCGUGGUCCUCACCCUAGAGCUUCCCCUGUUCCCUGUGAUGCAUGGGUUCAGUAGUGUACCAGGAACGGGGAUGAAUGCACAGGGCUGGCCCCAGAGCUCUGGUGUCCUGCAAAACUCGGUAUUGGCAAUCUCGACACCUGGUCUGAACUGUACUCAGUCCCCACCCUUCUAGUUGGUACUUACUAACUUGGGAAAUAAGCCAAACAUGUGUGAGAGGAGGGGACAACUGUGAGAGUUCAGAGGACAGGUGCUCAGUUCUCUACAAACAGCCCUCCUUCACGAAGUAUAUUGUCAGAUAGUGUUUGAGGGGCUGACAUGGACCCAAAUCCGAGAGCAGCCCUGGAGCGCCAACAGCUGCGGCUCCGGGAGAGGCAGAAGUUCUUUGAGGACAUUUUACAGCCAGAGACAGAGUUUGUCUUCCCCCUGUCCCAUCUGCACCUGGAGUCACAAAGACCCCCCAUAGGUAGCAUCUCGUCUAUGGAAGUGAAUGUGGACACACUGGAGCAAGUGGAGUUUAUUGAUCUUGCGGAUCAGGAUGGAGCAGAUGUGUUCUUGCCUUGUGAGGAGUCCUCGCCAGCUCCCCAGAUGUCUGGAGUGGAUGACCAUCCAGAGGAGCUGAGCCUGCUGGUACCCACGUCUGACAGGACCACAUCCCGGACCUCCUCCUUGUCCUCUGACUCCUCCAACCUGCGCAGUCCAAAUCCAAGUGAUGGGGGAGGAGACACUCCCUUGGCACAGUCUGAUGAGGAGGACGGGGAUGACGGAGGGGCAGAGCCUGGACCCUGCAGCUAGCAGUGGGCCUCGUACAGACUGACCAGCCCGGCUGUUCUCCAUGGAAAGGAGACCUAGGCCCAGCAGAGCCUGGAGAAGACCUGACACUUUCCUUACUUCAGCACCAAAGGGAGGGAAGGAUGGUGGAUGGUGUGCCUGAGAGUUAGCCUCCCCUGCUUUACCGCUAACGCUAUCCUGCUGCCACGCCCCCACAGUGCUUUUCUUCUGAGGUAGGACUUCCAAGUGAGACUUGAGAGGUGAGGUGGGACAAGACGCAGCUGCUUUCUUAGUCCCCUCCUGCCCCCAGAUGAUCCUGUUGUCUUCCACAGAGUCUCCUAAGCCAGUGUCUCUGAGGGGAUGUUCUGAGGAGUUCCACUUUCCAGUUAUCCUGCCUCUAUAAGUUCUUUUGGGAACAGGAUAUGGUAUAAAUAAUAAAUAAUAAUAUACCACUCAUUUCACCUCAUUCUUCAUAUUGCAAAGAUACCAACCCCACUGUCAUUAACUAACUAGUGUCAUAUCUCCAUCAUUCAUUCACUCCAUUUUGCCAAGAGAUACUUGGGAAUUUCAUCUCCGCAAGGCAUUGGGAAUAGAGUCCUGAGUAAGAUGAAGUACUUUCCUGUUUUCACAGAGUUACUGUCUGGUGAAGAAAAUCAGGUAAAUAGAGUACAGUAUAGUACGUAGCAUGAUCGCGUCCUCCUCUGCUCUCAGGAAAGAGAAUGGCAAGAUGGUUUCUUAGGCAGAGAUCUAAAGGACACAAGUAGCCAAGCAAGGCCGAGGGAGAAGGAUCCUGUGGGGAGAAGCUGUUGCCUUAGAACACUAAGUGGGAAGGCUGGGCUGGGUGUGGGGCUCAUCCCUGAAACCUUUGCACUUCAGAGGUGGAGGCAGGGGGACAGCUUUGGCUUCCUAGCUUAUUUGAGGGCAGCCUGGGUCUCAUGAGACUGUCUCAAAAAUAAAAUAAGCCAAAAAAAAAAAAAAAGAAGAAGAAGAAGAAGAAGAAGGUAGGAGGAGGAGGAGGAGGAAGAGGGCUAAAGAAGCUAAAAUACUCGGUUUGGCUAAAUUGUUGGAUUUGAAAAUAUACAGGGAGAGGUAAACUUGAUGAAGGUCAGAUUGUGAAAUGCUUUGAAGCCUGUAUUAGGUUUCAGUGUGACAGCUAGUAAAAGAUCAUGACUUAAGAGAUAAAUUUAUUUCCACGUACCAAAGAAGCCGAAAAUCUCAGGCUCCUUGGGGAAGGUCCGUAGUAACUGAGCACCAGGCUGCUUUGGGGUGGUUUUCCUUAGCCAUCCAGGGCACGGAUGCCCAUUCCUGCCCAUGCCUUGUGUUUAGGAUGGCUGGCAAAGCAUCAGCCAGCGUGACUUUGAAAAAGGCAGAAAACGAGAUGAAGUGGCGAAUGGGCAAAAAGGGCACAGCCUGGGGCCUGUUCUCACCUGGAAGGAAGCUGUAAGAAAUGGUGCCCACUUAUAUUUCAUUGCCCAGAAUUUUAUAACAGAAAAUGUAGCAUUUUAGACAUUUUAUAGAUACUGACACAGCAUUUUUUCUAAAAGAGUAGAUUUUAGCUUUUGGAAAGACAAUAACCCUUUCAAAUCACUGAAUUUGAUGCCACUGCAUCGGAUUCCAGCACCACCUAACAUCUUUGAGAAGCACCCAGUCUAGAGGAUGCUGGGGCAUCCCUUUUUAUCAGGCACUCUACUGUCUUGACUGGUCAGGGUUUUUUUUUUUUUCCUAAGGAGAAAGAGGAUAGUAGUCAUUUAGCAGUUUACGUGUUCGGAGGCCAUGUUACAGGGUUUGGACUUUUCUGGACAUAAUGAAAGAUUACAAAUGGUUGUGUUAAUCCCAGAGAUGCGAGGGGAAAGACCACCAGCCCAAACCAUCACGACCACAUUAAUUAAAGCAAGCUUUUUCUGCGUGUACCCAGGCUGUCUCCCUAAAGGCAGGCUUCAAGAGAUCAACGUUGGAAAUGGGGAAGAUACGGUUUUUAUAGCUCAGGGGUAGGUCAUUUCCAAAUGGGGUAUUUGGCAGGCAAAACAGGGUUACAGAAGCAGAAAAAGGUGGUCUUAACAAGGUAGUCAUGUCAACAGGCAGUCCUUACAACCUUCAGAAACAAAGGUAGGGUUCCAAAACGGUGGUCACUUUUUGAAACAAGCAUGGUUGCUGUUCCCUGGGACAGGCCACACAGAACCAUUUAUAGUGAAGGUUAUAGGGGGUGCACAGCAGGUUUAAUCCUUGAGACUCAGGUUUAAUCACAAACAGGAAUGAGUGAGCCUAGCUGGUCUUCACUGUCAAAUGACCUUCAGGCCUAAGAUGGAGGCAGGCAGGCUGCUUCAUCGGUUGGACUUUUGUUUAAAAGGUAAUUCUGACUGCAGUUUAGAGAAUAUACUGGAGAAGGCAGGCUCUAGAUGAACAAAGAAUACAGUAACAUAUAGAAGUCAUAACAGGUCCAGUAGACUGAAGUGAUCUUCCUACUCAGGCUCAAGCAGGGUAUAAACAAAUUGGCAUUAUUUCGUCCCAUAAGUACUGCAUGUUGGUAUUUAACAAGUGUGAAACACAAAUACAGUAUCUGAUACUUCUGUCACUGAGCUCAGUGUCGUGGAGCCCAAAUGUAAAUUUGCAGCUAUGACUCGUGCUGCAAAACAGCCAGCCUAUUCAGAGAGGUCACGGGAGUCAGUCUCCCUUGAGGAAGUGACAUUGGAGCUGAGACCUGAAUAACAAGUAGGAAGAAAGAAGCUAGGGGAAGAGAGAAUGGCUGGAAGGCCCCUUGAGGCUGAUUACAGGGAUCAAGUGCCCCGAGACCAGAAGAUUGCAUUUAUCAAAAUAGGAGAUAAGAGUUGGGGCAGAGUGGCAGGAUGUAGGAAGGUGGAGGGUUUAGAAGACUUCAGAGAUAAACAUGGACACCUUUUUAUUGGGUGAGUUUGGAAGGAAGGGGACUAAGGUACAGUAUUGUUUCUACCUCAUGCCGCAGGGUGAUUGUGGGGUGUGGGUUGAAAUUGUAAUAAAUUUGUUUAGAUGGA